GAACUUGAGGAGGCAAUGUCACAAAUCAAGGACAUCUCCAUUGUCCUGGGGAUUGACAACUACAAAACCAAUAUUGACCCACACAGGAUUGUGGAGGAUGUAAGGACCCAAUAUGAAGCCCUGGCUAUCAGAAGCUGGGAGGAGUUAGAAGCACUCACAAGGAGCAAGCUGAGUGAAGGAGAGGCACAGUCUGCCAAGUAUGGGGAUCAUCUUCUUAAUGACCGAAGAAUAAUUGCUGAGCUGAAUAUACAAAUCCAGAAAAUGAGAUCUUGCAUCCUGUCGCUGAAAAGCCAGUGUCUUCGUCUAGAAGGGAACGUCAAAGAAGUUGGAGCACAGGGUGAAGCUACCCUUAAUGAUGCCAGAGCCAAACUGGCUAACUUGGAGGAAGCCCUUCAAAACCUCAGGCAGGACUUGGCUCACCUGGUUAAGGAGUAUCAAGAGCUGAUGAAUAUUAAGCUGGCCUUAGAUAUAGAGAUUCUUACCUACAGGGAGCUGAUGGAAGGGGAAGAGAUCAGCAUGGAGUCCCCAGCAUUUGCUUUCAUUAGCAGAGUCUACUCUGGGCCAAAGUUCGCUUCGGCGAACUCCAGCGCCCCAACGACUUCAAAUGUGGCACCUCAAGCCAGAGAAAACUCAACAGACAGAAUGAGCCACAUCAGAGGCGGUCUGGAAAGUGGGCUCUCUAGAAGUCAGAGCGGUGGUACUGAGGGAACGUCUGGGGGUGACUUCUCCAGAAGCCACAGUAACGCAAGCGGAGAAGCUCCAAAAGGUUUAAGAAAUUCCAGCACCACAAGCAGAGGCACUUUGGAGAGUAGUUUUUCUAGCAGCAGAAGUGGAAACUUUGCCGAUGUCGAAAACACCACAAGAAGCAGCAUAUCUAGAAGCCACGGGAGCGAAAGUUUUUCACAGACCGACAUUUAUAGCAACAGGAGUGGGGAUAAUCUGGAAGGCGGGCUUUCUAGAAGUGUCAGCAGAGGCACCUCAGAAGGUAGCCUUUCUAGGAGCCAAAGCAACAGAAGUGGAGGCCUGACUGACAGUGUAUUCGCUAGUACCCCAAGUGGAGGCGAAGGUGUCUCAGUGGUCAGCCUUUCUAGAAGUCACAGUGGUACCAGUGCUUUCUUUGUAGAAGGGGGCCUAUCUAGAAGCCAGAGUAAUGAGAAUGAAGAACUCAUGGGUUCUAAUGUUGUGAGAACCAACAGCGCUGAAGAUGGAGGGGUGCCCGUGGGUGGUCUUCCUGGAGGUCAAAGCAGGGCAAGCACAGGCAGCUCUGAAGGCAGGCUUUCAAGAAGCCAGAGUGGUAAAAAUGAAACCCUCGGCAGCCGUGAAAGUGAAGGGUGUGUUGAGCCCACCAUUUCCAGAACUAAUUCUGCUGAAGAUGGUGGCGUCCCAGUGGGUGGCAUUUCUAGAAGUCAUAGUGAGGUAAGCCGGUACAGGUCAGAGGGCAGCCUUCCCAGAAGCCAGAGUGAUGGAGCUGGAUCGGAGAGCGUCCACGGAAAGGAAGAAUAUGUUGAGCUCCAUGUUUCUAGAACCAGUAGUGCUGAGGAUGGUGGGGUGCCAGUGGGUGGCAUUCCGGGAAGCCGUAAUGAAGUCAGCAGAUACAGCCCCGAGCGUAGCAUUCCUAAAUUGCAUAGUGGUGAUGAUGCAGCUCGCAGUAACCAUGGAAAGGACGCAUACGCUCGGCCUGCUGUUUACAGAACAGAUAGUGCUGGCGAUGGUGGCGCCUCAGCGAGCAGCAUUUCUGGAG